UGGGGUUCCAUGAGUCUGUGGAGAAAGAUGUACGAGAGCUGAAUAAACGCCGCCUCCUGACGGGGAAACAGCUGGGGCUUCGACAGCCUACCGCCUCCCUCAAAUCCUCUCUUCAACUGCGUGUACGGAGACCUCCCAGACCUCCCUUAAAAGCAAGGCUGCCAACGAUCCUCCCCGUUCCACCGAGACCAACGGUUUUUACCGUCCGCUCCAGAGGCAAGAUUCUAAACGGUUUUCCAACGGCUCUACAACGGUUCCCCAACGGCGCAAACAGCGCCUCCGCCCGUUGGAAAAGAGGAAAGUUACUGCCAAGAGCCUUCCCUGCCAAACCACUCCCCGCGCCCCCCCGAACCCCGCAAAUGCCGAAGAGAAGCCGGGCAGAGAAAACAGGGAGCAGCUACCUCCGCCUCAGUCGCAAAUAGACCGCAGCCUAGGCUGCCGCCUCAACCGCGCCAGGCUUUUGAACGGACCGGAAGUGGGAGUCUGACGACUUCCGGCAGUUGGGCUGGGAGGAGAAAGGAGAGCGGAGAAUGGCUACCAAGAGGUUGGCGCGGCAGCUUGGAUUAAUUAGAAGAAAGUCAGUUGCACCAACAAAUGGAAAUGUAGGAAGAAGCAAAUCCAAGCAGUUGUUUGACUAUUUAAUUGUCAUUGAUUUUGAAUCAACAUGUUGGAAUGAUGGGAAACGCCACCAGAGCCAAGAAAUAAUUGAAUUUCCAGCAGUGUUGCUGAGCACAUCAACUGGAGAGAUUGAAUCUGAGUUCCAUACUUACGUUCAGCCUCAGGAACAUCCGAUUCUUUCUGAGUUUUGCAUGGAACUGACAGGCAUAAGACAGGCUCAAGUUGAUGAAGGAGUCCCUCUGAGGAUAUGCUUAUCUCAGUUCUGUAAAUGGAUUCAGAAGAUUCAGCAACAGAAGAAAAUUAUUUUUGCUACUGGGAUUUCAGAUCUGUCUAAUUCCGAAGUAAAAUUAUGUGCAUUUGUUACUUGGUCAGACUGGGACUUGGGGGUUUGCCUGGAGUAUGAGUGUAAAAGAAAACAGCUGUUAAAACCUGUGUUCUUAAAUUCUUGGAUUGAUCUCAGAGUAACUUAUAAGAUUUUCUAUAGAAGAAAACCAAAAGGACUAAGUGGUGCCCUGCAGGAAGUGGGAAUAGAAUUCUUGGGAAGAGAACAUUCUGGGUUGGAUGAUUCUCGGAAUACUGCCCUUCUUGCUUGGAAAAUGAUCAGGGAUGGUUGCUUAAUGAAAAUUACAAGGUCCUUGAACAAGGUUCCCACUAAGAAGAAUCCCAAAAUUUUGGCCAGAAAUUUGAAUACGAAUCAAGUUGAAGAAGCAUCGGCCUGCAACAGUAGCAUUUGGGGUCUGAGCACAUAUGAUAGGGAGCCUAAAAAUACAGUAAAUUCUCAUGAAAAAGUUCAGUUGAGGUCAGCUGGUGUGAAUUCUCCUAUAAAGGGACAAGAUCAGUUCCAACUAAAGAGCAAUGUAAAAGUGGGUCUUCAUGGUGGCAAAGGCUAUUUAUCUCUUUUUAAUACAAAGCCCUCUACUUCCCUGGAGCAGUUGCAGUCUCCCAGCUUGAAUACACCUAUGCAGAAGCACAUAAAAAAUGAACACCUUGCAUUUAGUACCAAACCUAAGUCUUCAACAGUUAGUUCAGAAUUGGUACUUAUUUCAACUACCAUUUCAUCUGUUAAUCAUAUUUCUGAUAUGGAAAUGAGUUCUGCUCUUGAUUGUUUACCUAUGUUGGCUGAUUGGGAGGAUGUAGCUUUACUGCCAGCAUCUCAGCCUGAGCAAAAUAUAGAUUGUAUACCUCCCAUUAAUGACUCAAACUUAGACACUUCACUUAAUUCCAUAGAAAGAUUAAUGAUUUUAAAGGAAGGCACAGAAGAAACUCCUCAAAACUCUGAGACCUCUAAGUCUAUUGUUUAUAAGAGUCCACAUACUACUAUUUAUCAUGUAAAAGAUGCCAAAGAUCAAGGUUCAGUUGCUUCUGACUUUAAAUUACCUGCAUGCAAAUCAAGUAGCUCCAACAGUAUUAAUGCCAGUAUGUCUCAUCCUUCAGUUUUGGGGAAAUACCCCCUCCUUUUAGGUAGUACUAAAAGGAAUCCAUCCAGUCUCCCAGCUUUCCCACCAGCAAAAAAACAGUCCUUCACUAUUCAUGAAGAAAAGCCUACAUCAUCUGAUGGCUUCCCAGUGAGAAGUUGUUCCCAGAAGGUCCUCCCCUCUGUCUUAGCUUCUACAGUUAACCUAGAAGGACCUUGGAAGAGUGGGAAAAUGACACCUCCAUUAUGCAAGUGUGGCCGAAGAUCUAAGAGACUUGUUGUUUCUAAUAAUGGACCAAACCAUGGAAAAGUCUUCUUUUGUUGCCCAAAUGGGAAAUACCAAGAAAAUAGAAAAUGUUGUGGUUAUUUUAAGUGGGAACAAACACUUCGAAAGGAGAGAGCCAACAGCAGCAUUCUGUCUCAUUCUCCGGGGGGACCCACUUUUAGUUCCCCAGAAAUAAGCCAUAUUUGUGACAGAAAUGUAAAUUUUUCUACUAAAAAUUCAUUGAGACUCAGACCUUCAAUGAGGAAUUGAUAAACCUUCCCUAUGACUAAACUGUGUUUUUACUUUAAUGUGACUUUUUGUGUGAUAAAGAGAAAAAAGUGUAUAGGGCUACAAGUCAUGGGGACUUAGCAUAUCUGAGUUCUGUAGACUGCACUGGGGCUAUUAAACACACAUUCAUGCACACACACUGAAAAUGAGAAAAAAAUUGAUUUCACACACUUUAAAUUUCCUUGAUCAGUUAUCUAACACUUCUCUUGUAUUCAUUCAUCUAUGAAUCCUGAUUGUUCCUUGAAUUUCCAAACAUCAUGAAUAUUCUGAUAAUCGUCUUACACUUUUAUUUUUGUCAUAUAUUAACGUGCCAAAUUUAUCAUACUUUUAUCAAAAACCACAAAUAUUUUGUAUAUUCUAUUAGAUUAGAUAUAAUAAACAACACUAGUAUAUAACAUCCUUCUUUUACAGAUAGACCUUGAAACAAAUUUAAACUGUUUUUAAAUUACUUGAAUAAAAAUGUGACUAUUAAAAAUCCCUAGUCUAUUUUCAGGUAGACGCUUGUACUUUAAGAAUUAGGAAAUCUGAUAUAUUUUUUUAUUUUUCUAAAAACUUUUAUUUAUUUAUUUUGAGAGACGGAAAAAGAGCACGAGAGGGUGGGUCCAGGGAGGAUAGGGAGAGAGAAUCCCAAGCAGGCUCCACACUCUCAGGACAGAGUCUGACAGCAGGGCUCAAGCUCAUGAACUGUGAUAUCAUGACCUGAGCCUGAAAUCAAGAGUUGGACACUUACUGACUGAGCCAUCCAGGAACCCCUAAAAACUUUUAUAAUAAGUUGUUUAGUUUUAUUUCAAAGCUUGAAGAUUUGUUCUGAUUUGUACAUCAACAUACCAGAAGAAUUACUCAACUAGAGUUUGAAAACCAACACAUCAGAAACUUGGUUUGGAUAAUACAUGUUUAAAAAUUUCUCAGCAAUUGAUGGUAUUCUUUUUAUAUUACCAAAGUCAUGAGAACAUUGACACUAAUGCAGAGGAAUUUACCAAAUAUUUUAUUUCAAAAUUCAGCCUCUGAUGUUAUAACCACAAGAUAUUUAUUUAAAGAUUUUUUUUUUUUUUUAAGGAAUCCCUGCAUCCAAUGUGGGGCUCGAAUGUACAACCCUGAGAUCAAGAGUUGCAUGCUCUACUGACUAAGCCAGCCAGACACCCCAACCAUAAGUCAUUUUAAAUCAACAAUUUA